AUGCGCGUCCCAUCAUUCCCCAACAUCGUGCGCACGCUCUACACGCUCAGCAACGCCACAGCCCACCGCCUGUUCCUCCAGCACCCUCUGCGGGGUUCGACGCACACCAUCUCGCAAGCCCAAGCCCACCGCGCAACAGUCCUGCGCUCUAUGCCCUCGAUCCCAUUCCUGGGCGCAUUAUUCGGGACCACUACGAGUAGCUCAUCCUCCAAGAUGUCGUACCCAGACACACGCUCCGACGACGAGUGGCGCGCCGUGUUGAAUAAAGAACAAUUCCGCAUCCUUCGCGAAAAGGGCACAGAGGCCCCCUUCACGGGCGAAUACGACAAACACAUGCCCUCGCAGGGCGUGUACGCCUGCGCGGCGUGCAGCGCGCCGCUGUACAAGGCCGACCACAAAUUCAAGUCCGGCUGCGGGUGGCCCGCGUACUUUGAUUCCCUGCCCGGCGCGGUCACGCGGCAUACGGACCGCACGUUCGGCAUGGAGAGGACGGAGAUUGUGUGUUCAAACUGCGGGGGCCACCUCGGGCAUGUGUUCAAGGGCGAGGGGUAUCCGACGCCGACAGACGAGAGGCAUUGCGUCAAUAGUGUUAGUUUGAGGUUUCAUGAAAACGAGAAGGAGGGCGAGGCCAAUGGGAAUGGCGGGGCGAAAUGA